GAUGCAGGGGCUGAGUGGGACUGGUCACCCUCACCUUACCUCUCCCUUCCAGUGAUCCGAGCCAAGGCUGUCUCUGCAAAAGAGGUGGAUUCGGGGAACGAUAUAUAUGGGAAUCCAAUCAAACGCAUCCAGUAUGAAAUCAAGCAGAUCAAGAUGUUCAAGGGCCCUGACCAGGACAUAGAGUUCAUCUACACGGCUCCAUCCACUGCCGUGUGUGGCCGGCUGCUGGACACCGGCGGGAAGAAGGAGUAUCUCAUCGCAGGCAAGUCAGAGGGCAAUGGCAAGAUGCACAUCACGCUCUGUGACUUGGUGUCCACCUGGGACUCGCUGACCCCAACCCAGAAGAAGAGCCUAAACCAGCGGUACCAGAUGGGCUGCGAGUGCAAGAUCUCGCGCUGCCUCUCCAUCCCCUGUUUCGUGUCCUCCUCGGAUGAGUGUCUCUGGACAGACUGGGCGAUGGAGAAGAACAACGUGGAUGGGCGGCAGGCGAAGCACUACGCCUGCAUCAAGAGGAGCGACGGCUCAUGCGCCUGGUACCGCGGCAUGGCCCCCCCCAAGCAAGAGUUUCUCGACAUCGAGGACCCCUAAGCCAAAAGAGCGCAUUCCAGUAGCCAGUAGAAAAAACCUGCGAGAUGUUAGACUGGUCCACGCUGAUAUCAAAUCCUGGAGACAGCAUGAAAAUCCACUCGGCCGCAGGGGGCCCUGGUGGCUGCCACACGUGUGUGGGGGACAGGGACAGGGACCUGCUCUGUUGCGGGCUCCUGGCAGCCCACAGCUGUACUGGGCGUCCUUUGCUCGUGGCAGGGCUGAGCAGGGUGUGGGGACCUCCAUGCCAGGGUCACAAUCCCCCAGCCAUGCUUGGCUCUGGCAGCUGUGAAGGAAGCAAGCUCUUUGUGAGUGGUGGGAGCUGCCCUGGCUGCGUAGCAGGUCUACCAGUGCCCCGCUGCAGGAGCCUCCCCCACAGCUCCAGAUACACAGCCCUCCCCACCGCAGCACCUGGCAACCUGCUGUACCCCUUCCCCCUCCACCUACCUCCCCUUUCAGGGUGCCAAAAGGGUACCCCUCUGGGCAGGGGCUCUGGGGGGCUUUUCCAUGUGGCAGAACCCCCAGCAAGGGGCUCCAGGCCUUUCACAGGGCCAGACGACUCCUGCACAGGUGCCUUGUCCAGAAAGCUGGAGGGGCAUGUUAGCAUAUCUGGGGUCACCCCUGACAUGCACCCGUGCACUGUUGCCCCUCUCUCCACAUGGUCCUCUCUCCAGGGGUCUCCGUCCCCCUGCAACCACCUACAGAUCCUUCUGCAGAUGCCACCCUUGGACAGGCUUGACCCGGAACCCUUGGCAGGGCACCAGGGGCUGGAGCUGUGGCUGCAUGGGCACAGGGUGUCCAUCAUCGCCUCGUGCAGAGCUGGGCCAUGCCACGGCCCUCGCCACCACUGCAGCCAGGCAAGCUCCCUUCUCUGCAGUGUUGGGAGCGGAACCUGGAACUGGCAGCAGGGCAGCUGCAGGGAAUCCUGUCCCCUCCGGUGACCCCCUCACACCCCUCGGCCCCAAGUUCUCUGAGCCAUCCCCAUGCCACAGCAAUGCUGGUGUGCGCUGCGGGGCUGUCGCGGCACUGCCACGUGCACCCAUGGCUUUGGGAGCGUGCCGGGAAUGCUCCCUGCAGCCCUGUGCCAGUGGGGUUUUCAUGCUGUGCGUCCCUGUGAGGUUUGAGAUGUCGUACUGGACCAGUCUGGGCAAUUUCAACAUAUUCAAGAGAAAAAAUUAAAAAGAAAGAAAAAGAAAAAAAUACCCCCAACCUUUACUCAGUCCCGACCGCGCAUCCCGGGCGCUCUGUAUGGCUGUACCCAUUGUGCUCCUGUCGCUGCUGCUCCUCUGUCUUUGACUUCAAUAUCGCCACUUGUUUUGCCGCCGG